GCCCUGCCAGAUGCUUGAGUUCCACUCAAAAACCAGAGAGAACACCACGCACUUCCCUGCAAAAAGAAGUUGCAGCAAAGCUCCUUUUAUGCAGGCACAGAAAGAAAGAGAGGGUAUGAGGAUCACCAUGGACACCGACAACCAAUUAGAAGAUCAUAUGGCUCUAAUCUCUGAGUUGUACCCGGGGGUUUACGCGCAGAUCGUGCCGCCCGUCAAAGAAUCGAAGCCGCGGCGCAGGAGGAAGAAGAACAAGGGCGAGGGCGGCGCGGUGGGGCCGAGGAAGAGGAAGCUGAGCGACGAGCAGGUGAGCCUCCUGGAGCAGAAUUUCGGGAGCGAGCACAAGCUCGAGUCGGAGAGGAAGGACCGGCUGGCCUCGGAGCUCGGGCUCGACCCGAGGCAGGUGGCCGUCUGGUUCCAGAACCGCCGGGCCCGGUGGAAGAACAAGAAGCUCGAGGAGGAGUACGCGAAGCUGAAGUCGGUGCACGAGGGCACCGUGAUCGAGAAGUGCCGCCUUGAGACCGAGAUGUUGAAUCUGAAGGACCGGCUUAUCAAGUCGGAGAAGGAGAUCCAGCAGUUGCUGGAGCGGGCCGCUGAUGGGCCCACGGCGUCGAGCAACAGCCCGAGCUCGUCGAUGUCAAUGGACGCGAGCAUGGACCGGCGGUUCCCCGGAGGAGAGCUUGCGUACGAGGAUGUUUUCUACAUGCCGGAGAACGUGUACAAUGCCUACGGCAUGGACUGGAUGAACCUUUUUGACUCGCGCCAAUGAGGGAUUUAAUAAGUGUUGAGCUUGUUGCUAGUAGGGUAUAUGUAGCUAGCGCAAGGCACUAUUAGUUAGGGUAAUGUAGAUAGUGAUAAAAUCUUAGUGUAAAUUAUUUUUUAAUUUCUUUGUCUAAGUGUCCCGGUGUGUGUUCAACGUGGUGACCGGUAAGGAUGUGAAAAAUAUGUAAUCAUCAACUAAUUUGUAGCUAGGGUACUCUUCAACUUGUGGAAGCUAGUAGUGCAUUUAUCCUA